AUGAAGAUCGUCGCAACUGUUAUUACCCUGAUUUCAGGGAUUAUCAUUGGAAAUGGACAGAUCCCUGUAACAUUCCUGGAUCCCAAUUGCGGAGUUUCGACUACUGGGGCUAGAGUUAGCCCUAUGAUGAUCAAUAGCGCACCGGCAGAUAUGUUUGGUAAUCCAUGGAUGGCAUUGAUACAUAGUACUACCAUCGGCAUGUGCGGUGGAUCGCUCAUAACAGACCGCUUCGUGCUUAGUGCUGCCCAUUGCGUAAGUUACAGCCCCGCGGUAGUAUACCUAGGGGAGUUUGACAGAUCUACCAUCAUCGAUUGCUCGACCACAGCCUGCAUGCCAAACGCCAUUGCAAUUCCCGUCGAUGGUUACAUAAGUCACCCAAAUUAUUACCAUUUUAGCCAGAAUGAUAUAGCAUUGUUUCGACUGGCCAUGCAGGUGCAGUAUACAGACUACAUAAAGCCAAUUUGUCUGCCGACCAACUACAAUCCAUUGGAUUACAUCAGUUCCUUGACUGCCACUGGAUGGGGUAACACAGAAAAUGGAUCCCCUAGCAGCAUAUUAAGGACCGCCAACUUGAUGCAAGUGCAUCGAUCAUAUUGCUCAGUCAUAUUCGGAUCUAAAGUGGAUACAUCUCAUAUCUGUGCUGCAGGCUUUAACUCGGGUACAUGCGCGGGAGACUCUGGGGGCCCAAUAUCCGCUAAAAUACAAUUCAACGAUGGUUCAAACCGUGUUGUUCAGCUCGGAAUUGUCAGCUAUGGCGGAAGACCAUGCUUAAAUUAUUCGGUCCACACGAAUGUCAUGCAUUAUAUCAACUGGAUCCUGGAAGUCGUGCAACAAUACACACAGACUACUCAAGUAUACCAAGCACCACCAAUUUACUAUUAUACGUGAUCGUGGGAUGAUUCCCAAUUUUCAGCAAGAGCAACCCUUAAACUAUUAAAGAACAUAGUUUAUUUUUGAA